UUUCUUCGUCUCUCCUCUCCAUGCCAGCUCCGCCGCCAAAAACAUGGUACAGAAAUCCCGCAACGGCGGGGUCUACCCGGGCCCACAGGCCGAGAAGAAGCUCAAGGUGGGCUUUGUGGGGCUCGAGGCGUCCGCGGGGGCGGACUCGAGCCGAGACGGCGCGCUGCUUAUAGCGGCCAGUGACGCUACCAAACGCGGCAGCAUCCUGAGCAACAAGCGCGCGGGCAUCGCGGGCAAAAAGCCGCCCAAGCGCAAUGCUUUCUACCGGCGCCUGCAGAAUUUUCUCUACAAUGUUCUGGAGAGACCACGCGGCUGGGCUUUCAUCUACCACGCUUAUGUUUUUUUGCUGGUGUUUUCCUGUCUGAUUCUCUCUGUGUUCUCAACCAUCAAGGAGUAUGAAAAGAGUUCUGAAGAUGCCUUGUAUAUAUUGGAAAUUGUGACUAUUGUUGUGUUCGGAGUGGAAUACAUUGUAAGAAUAUGGUCAGCUGGAUGUUGCUGUCGAUACAGAGGAUGGAGAGGCAGACUGAAAUUUGCACGCAAACCUUUUUGUGUCAUAGACGUCAUGGUGCUAAUUGCCUCCAUCUCAGUGCUGGCAGCUGGCACACAGGGGAAUGUGUUUGCCACCUCGGCCAUCAGGAGUCUUCGCUUCCUCCAGAUUCUUCGCAUGAUUCGUAUGGACCGCCGUGGAGGAACUUGGAAACUUCUGGGCUCUGUUGUCUAUGCUCACAGCAAGGAGUUAAUUACAGCCUGGUAUAUUGGCUUCCUGUGUCUAAUCUUGGCCUCUUUCCUCGUAUAUCUGGCUGAGAAAGAGGACAACGUCAUGUUUGCAACCUAUGCGGAUGCUUUAUGGUGGGGCCUGAUCACUUUGACAACCAUUGGGUAUGGAGAUAAGUAUCCAAUAACGUGGAAUGGACGUCUUCUUGCAGCGACCUUUACUCUCAUCGGAGUGUCCUUUUUCGCUCUGCCUGCUGGAAUCUUGGGCUCUGGCUUUGCCUUGAAGGUCCAAGAGCAGCAUCGUCAGAAACAUUUUGAGAAACGAAGGAAUCCAGCUGCAGGACUUGUUCAGGCUGCCUGGAGGGUCUACGCUACUAAUCUGUCUCGCACAGACCUGCAGUCAACCUGGGACUACUAUGAGAGAACUGUAUCAGUCCCUAUGUACAGGCUCAUUCCUCCACUAAACCAACUUGAUCUACUGAAAAACCUGAAGAGUAAAUCUGGCCUUUCCUUUAGGAAGGAUGCCCAGCCAGAGCCAUCCCCAAGUCAAAAAGUCAGUCUUAAGGAACGGGUGUUCUCUAGCCCACGAAGCUCAGGUACAAAGGGCAAGGGUUCACCCCAGGGCCAGCAGCCUCUGAGACGUUCUCCCAGUGCAGAUAACAUUGAAGACAUUCCUUCUAAGGUGCCCAAAAGCCUGAGCUUCAGUGAUCGUAGCCGUGCUAGGCAAGCAUUCCGCUUUAAAGGAGCAGCUUCACGCCAGAACUCAGAAGUGCUGAUUGAGAUGCAGGCGGAGGAUAUGAGGCAGAAGAGCUCUCCAGAGGCCAGCCUUCCUGGAGAAGACAUUGCUGAUGACAAUAAGAGCUGCCAUUGUGAGUUUGUUCCACAGGAUUUAACACCAGGAAUCAAAGUGACUAUCAGAGCUGUGUGCAUCAUGCGGUUUAUGGUGUCUAAGCGAAAGUUUAAGGAGAGUCUGCGACCUUACGAUGUGAUGGAUGUUAUUGAGCAAUAUUCAGCUGGACACCUAGACAUGUUGGCCAGGAUUAAAAAUCUGCAGUCCAGGAUAGAUAUGAUAUUGGGUCCCUCUGGUCCCAGCACUCCCCGCCAUAAGAAGUAUUCAACCAAGGGAAGCAAAGAGUCGCCCCAGUUCUCACCUAGGGUGGAUCAGAUUGUAGGUCGAGGUGCUCCAAUUACAGACAAGGAUCGGCCCAAAAGCUCAUCUGAAACAGAAAUUGCGGAGGAUCCGAGCAUGAUGGGAAGACUUGUGAAAGUGGAGAAACAGGUAAUGUCAAUGGAAAGAAAACUGGACUUCUUGGUAAACAUUUACAUCCAGCGAAUGGGAAUACCACAGUCUGAGACAGAUGCCUACUUUGGUUCCAAGGAGCCUGACCCAGCCCCACCAUACCAUAGCCCAAUUGACCACAUAGAGAAGUCUGGCUCCAUCACCAAGAUCAUCCGUUCCUAUAGCUCAGCCGGCCAAAAGAACCUUGACCCACCUCCAUCUGCUCGUGUCAACCAGAGUCACUGCCCUCCAUCCACCUCCUGGCAUACCCAUGCUCCUCCUGAACCUACUCAGUGCCAAGGCACCUCCCCAGUGGAUGACGCCUCACUGGUGCGAAUCCCACCCCCUCCAGCCCAUGAGCGCUCCUCCAGUGGCCAUAAUGGUGCCUCCCGGGGCUCCCGUGCCAGUGCUGUAGAGGAGGUAAAGCCUGGAGCCCUGUCUCAGCAGCAAGCAGGUGCUGAAAGUGACACCUCUAUCUCCAUUCCUUCUGUGGAUCACGACGAGCUCGAGCGAUCCUUCAGCGGCUUCAGUAUCUCACAGUCUAAGGAGAACCUAGACUUUUUAAACAACACAUACUUCAGUGGGGUAACCCGCUGCUCCAAAGUGAGGCCCUACAUAGCUGAGGGCGAGUCCGAUACAGACUCAGAGCUGUGUGCACCUUCGCCUCGCUCAGCCACUGGGGAAGGUGCGUAUGGAGACAGAGGUUGGUCUGACCCAAAACAAUCUUGAAACAAGCUGGCAAACUAGGUUACACUGCUGGGGAUGACAACCUCUGAGGACAAACACAAGGGACCUACGGCAAAAGGCUGACUAUGCUGUGAAAUAACUGCUAUUGCUGAUUGUUAUAGCUCCAAUAUCCUGGUAAUAAUGCCAACUGCCGAAAGGUGGAGCUUUCUGGUACUUAGAAAGGAGGUACUUGUGUCUGUUACCUAUGAUGGUGCCAUGGAGAAUUUCUUUUAUUGAGAGACAAGCAUUUACUGAUCAGAUUGCAUGAUCAUAUUGCAUCUCUUCUAGAGAAAGUAAACAGAAGAAGUGCACAUAACAUAACAGACACCUGAUAUUCUUAGCCCGAGACACCAUAACUUCACUGCAAUUCACCCGCCUAGUCAUACACAGGAAAUCUAGCCAUAUUGUCCUGUUAUUCUCAAACAGGAAACCACCCUUGUUGUCCAUGUAAGUUUCAUUAAUGCACUUCAGAAUGAGUGCUCAUUUGUCCAGUAUAAAAC